CCCUUGAAAUGACAAACACUCAACUGAACCCUAACUAGAUCCUUUUUCUCCUAAUCAGUUAGUCAUCUCCGGCCACCGUCCCCGUCUUCUCACAUCCAGCCACCGUCCUCAUCUUCUUCGGUUCUUCCUCUCUUCCAGCAAGUCGUCCGUUCCCAUCAUCUUCCAGCAAGCAGCAACUCAUUCUUCCACUCCCUGAAGUCGCUUUCAUCCGCCAAGCUUUCCCGGCAUCGUCGCAUUCCCAUCAUCUUCCUCUUCUCGUCGCCGUCAGCUUCACAUCUUCCUCUCCUUCACGUUGUCCUCGCCUCCAGCCGUCGCCUUCCAAUUUAGAGAGAGAUAGAGAUGGAGACAGAGACAGGAGAGAAGAGGGACACCACAACAAUCAACAACGUCAUGUGCCUCUUGAUGCACCCAGAUGGAGCUCCCCUUGGUGCUCCCAUGUACCUUCCUCAGAAUGCUGGUCCACAACAACUUCAACUCAUUGUCAAUAAGAUUCUGGACAACGAGGAGAAAUUACCAUAUGCUUUCUAUAUUUCUGAUGAAGAGCUCCUUGUGCCACUUGAAACCUACUUGCACAAAAACAAAGUCUCGGUGGAGAAGGCAUUGCCUAUAGUUUGUCAGCCUCAAGCUAUUUUCAGGAUUCGCCCUGUUAAUCGUUGUUCCGCCACUAUUUCUGGUCAUGCAGAAGCUGUACUUACAGUUGCUUUCAGUCCUGAUGGGAGGCACCUAGCAAGUGGUUCUGGCGACACAACUGUUCGUCUUUGGGACCUUAACACGCAGACACCAUUGUACACAUGCACAGGGCACAAGAAUUGGGUCCUUUGUGUUGCGUGGUCACCAGAUGGCAAGUAUCUUGUGAGUGGGAGCAAGUCUGGAGAACUUCAAUGUUGGGAUCCAGAAACUGGGAAGUUGUCUGGCAAUCCAUUAUCUGGCCACAAGAAAUGGAUUACUGGGAUAUCUUGGGAACCCGUCCAUCUUAGUGCUCCUUGCCGUCGUUUUGUAAGUGCCAGCAAAGAUGGGGAUGCUCGUAUAUGGGAUGUCACAUUGAGGAAAUGUGUUAUAUGUCUCACUGGCCACACACUCGCCAUAACAUGUGUAAAAUGGGGUGGAGAUGGCAUGAUUUAUACAGGUUCCCAAGACUGUACAAUCAAAGUUUGGGAAACUACACAAGGGAAGCUAAUUCGUGAAUUGAAGGGACAUGGGCAUUGGGUUAAUUCGUUAGCAUUGAGCACCGAGUAUGUUCUUCGUACUGGAGCUUUUGAUCAUACUGGGAAACAAUACUCAUCUCCAGAGGAAAUGAAGAAGGUUGCUCUUGAAAGGUAUAAUAAGAUGAGAGGCAAUGCCCCUGAAAGGUUGGUUUCUGGAUCUGACGAUUUUACCAUGUUCCUUUGGGAACCAUUCGUCAGCAAGCACCCAAAAACUCGUAUGACAGGUCAUCAGCAGCUUGUGAACCAUGUAUAUUUUUCACCUGAUGGGCAAUGGGUGGCAAGUGCAUCUUUUGAUAAAUCCGUGAAGUUAUGGAAUGGCACAACAGGGAAAUUUAUAGCAGCUUUCCGUGGUCAUGUUGGGCCUGUUUACCAGAUCAGCUGGUCUGCGGAUAGCAGACUACUUUUAAGUGGCAGCAAAGAUUCUACGUUGAAGGUUUGGGAUAUUCGGACUCGGAAGUUGAAGCAGGAUCUUCCUGGCCAUUCUGAUGAAUUCUAUCUUUUUGCUGGAAAGGUUUUUUCUGUUGAUUGGAGUCCAGAUGGAGAGAAAGUAGCCUCUGGUGGCAAGGAUAAAGUGUUGAAGUUGUGGAUGGGCUAAGGCCAACCUGGGAUGAACAUUUCUUGCGUGGAUUCUUGGAAAUCAAGCCUGAAUGUUAAUACUUUGGAGGCAGUUUUUACAUUAGAUUGACAACUUGUAUGAUAUGGAUAGUUUAGAAUUUAAUGAAUUAAGUUGUAUCAAUUCAAUUUUGUUUAUCUUUGAAACUCCUUUGUUUGGAUUGCGACUUAUGAAAAUUAUGAUUUGAUAACAUGUUUUAGAGGAGAAAAAGAGCGAUAUCAAAUUGAAUUCCAGGAAAUUUUCAAUUGGAUACCUACGUUUCCAACGCAAGAUAGCUUUGAAAAACCGAUUUUC